UUUCUGUGUCACCACCAUAAAACACUCGCUCAUUCCACCACACGUCUUCAUAAUUAUUUUGUUUCCUUCACAUGCACACCUUAACCACCCUCUUUGCAAUCUCCUUGUUCGUUCCUACUGUUCUCUGCUUCCAUGGCUGUUAGCUUCAGCUUCAUAGUUGGCAUUAUUGGUAAUAUAAUUUCUAUUCUGGUUUUCACUUCUCCCAUAAAAACUUUUUUGCGUGUGGUGAAGAAGAAAUCAACGGAGAAUUACAAAGGGAUUCCAUAUGUGACAACACUUUUAAGCACAAGUUUAUGGACAUUUUAUGGACUUCUAAAGCCUGGUGGUUUACUUAUCGUGACUGUUAAUGGUGCCGGUGCCGUCCUCCAGUUCAUCUAUGUCACUCUCUUUCUCAUCUAUGCUCCUAAAGAUAAAAAGAUUAAGACAGCGAAGUUGGUUGCGAUACUGAAUGUUGGGUUUCUUGGAUCAGUGAUUGUAUUAACACUGCUUGCCAUCAAAGAAAAUGUAAAGCUUACCUUUGUUGGGAUUUUAUGUGCUGGAUUAACCAUUGGCAUGUAUGCAUCUCCUUUAUCAAUCAUGGGAAUGGUGAUCAAGACGCAGAGCGUUGAAUACAUGCCAUUUUUACUGUCAUUUUUCCUAUUCCUAAAUGGUGGUAUUUGGUCUAUAUAUUCUCUGCUGGUCAAAGAUUUCUACAUUGGUGUACCAAAUGCAAUAGGCUUUGUAUUUGGCAUAGCUCAGUUGGUUAUCUACUCAAUGUACAGAAACAAGUCAAAGACCAAAAAAUCCAUAGAGAGAAUGGAAGAAGAAAGCUCGGUCACUUUGGUUAAAGGAGUGGUGGAGAUGCAAACUUGUGAGGGUGAUGAAGGUCAUGUGAUGAAUAAGAGCCUGAGCAAAGGGCAUAGUCUUCCAAAGCCAUUAUUAAAUCGGCUAUCUGCUAUGCCAGAGCAGAUCAUGAAGUCCCUUUCUUUGAAUUCAUAUCAAAUUGACUCAACUUGGGCUUAUCAGGCUGAUGUUGAAAAUGGAGAAAAUGAUCAUGACCUUCGAUCUUGAGCCUAAGUUCUAACAUAUUCGAUGAUGGGGUUUUCUAAAUGAAUGCUUGGAAAAGAACAAAAGAAAGGAAUAUAUAUAUAUAUAUAUAUAUAUAUAUAUAUGUAGUUCGAAGUGGCUAUUUUAAUUUGUGUCCAUUGUUGUGCUGUUUGGUAACAAUAUGGAAACUAGUGUGAUCGAUCAAAAUAAAUGAUAAUACCUUCUGUUUUUUUUUUCCC